CCCUUCAUUGGAUAUAGAAAGGAAAGAAUACACCUAGAGUGCAAACACCACCUCUUCGAGUAUUCGGUGGAAAUAUAGAGUCACUCAGCUAGUGAACGAGUCACCAUCGUCACCAUCGUCACCAUGAAGCUUGUACUAUCCACUUCCAACAUUAUGUCCGGGGGACCCUCAGUGAUGCGGCGCCCCUUCUUCGAGAAGUCGAAUACAGAACUCACCUCGUCGUUGCGCGCAAAUUUCACAAACCAGCAAUCCUCACCCACACCAUCUGGCACCAGCUACAAGUCGUGGACAACGCAAGCAGACGGCAGCCUCUACAUACCCACCCACGAACCGUCACCUCUUACCGAGCCUCGCGAAUCCUACGAUAUCACCGUCAAGCUGUUCUACCUGCCCAACAUACCCGCCGACCGCCGAUGCGCCCAGACAAGAGAAGCAAUCGAAUUAGUCCUGAAGGAGCUGGGCAGCAAGUCAAUAGAUCUCCUCAUAGUUAGCUUCCCAGGGAUAUCAUUCGACGCAGACGACGAAGAUUCGGACCUGGAAGACCCACCGUCUGCCCCACAAUCAACCUCAGAAGGCUGCGACGAAUCUGAAGUGCCGCCGGAGGACAUUGAGACCAUGGCUGCAACAUGGAAGACACUAGAGAAACUACACAGCGAGGGUCUGGUGUCGAAGCUGGGUAUUGCUGAGUUCGGUGUUGCACGACUGCAGAAGUUCCUGGAGCACACGACUGUCAAGCCGAGCGUCAACCAGAUCAACGUCCGCGAUUGUUGCGUCGUGCCGAAGCCACUCAUCCUGUACGCAAAGCAGCAACAAAUCGAACUUCUUACACACAACGACUGUACAAACAUCCUGCCACGAGGCACGUUACGGCAAAUAUUGGGGUCGGGCAAGAACGGAUCAGGGGUGUUGGCAGGCGAGUCGAACAAAGAUGGCCUCGAGGGUGAUGUGGCACCGCAGUGGGUCGUCAAAUACACUGCGGUGGUCAAGGACAGAGGUGUGGUGGAGAACAAGGGCUACUUCGCGGUCGCAGAACUACGAGACGAGUGAAAACAGCAACAAAUGAAACCCUUAUUUCUUUCACCACCCGAAAAGUCCCGCUCGGGGACGAACUGCAGACUCCAAUGAAUGAUCCAGCAGUGAAAAUCGCCAUAGGUGCGGUCCUGAUGAUUGGCUACGGAUGGUUUAGCGUUCGUCAUGGAGGUCCCCCAACCAUGGUUGAAGACUACAAAAUAUUGCUGCCUGGAUAAAGUCUUCGCAAACU